AUAAAGCAACGCCCUCAAAAAGGAAGUCUUAGGCACUUCCUCACUGUGUGAGAGGCAGCAAAAACACAGAAUCAAGAGGUUGCAGACCAGUUUGCUGAACUCAGCAGCACAGGAUUGAGCUGCAGAUUCUCUACAUCACCAAGAAAGUAAUUCCACAAGGGCUACAAUAAUGACAACUUCUUACAAUGAAUCCUUGCACCACUCUUCUUCAAGCAAUAGUACUUUGGAUCCCAACACAUUCAUCAAGAUUAUGGAACUACAAAAUAUAAUCUCAAGGAGUGUUUACGUCUACAGUAUAUUUGGACUUGUUGGACUAUUAACAGGGAUCUUCAUCCUAAUUACUUAUAUUAGAAACUUCAUCAAAAGUACAUUUGAAACACUUGACAUCUUUGUAUUCACAGUGUCUGUGGCUGACUUCCUGCUUAUCCUCUUCUCUUUUACUGAUAUAGUCAGGCCAAACACCGUUACAACCUCUGCUCUCUGUUGUGCAAUCCUCUCAUUUUGCUUCAACCUCCCUUAUUUCUACACAGAGUACAUGCAUGUUGCAAUUUCCUUCUUUCUGGUAUUUCAACAGACUGCAGUGACUGAAAGAGCCCUGAGAAAACCUCUCAUCGCCAUCCUCGCAGUAAUCAGCUCGAGCAUUCUCUGGUCAGUUCUGAUCACAGCACUCAUUGGGGUCAGUGGGAACUUGAACAAGGAAGUGAACUGCUACUUAGACCCUCUCGAGGCUCCAGCAAAGUAUAACAUCGUCAAGUUUGUCUUUGGAUUUCUCUUGCCAACGCUCACCAUUCUGGGAUUUAUCCUAUAUUUCCUGAUUCCUUCCACAAAUGGCCCCCAAACCUGCAGGAUGCCUGACUAUUCUUGCCGAGUUUUCCUAGUAUUGGUCACGGUGACUUUUAUUUGUCGCCUUGUUUACAAUAUUCUGCUUCUCCUCCGACGAGAGGUAGUCGAUAACGACAGAAAUUAUAAAAUGGAAAUGAUGGCGACCGUUGGAGAGUUGAUCAUGUUCGUUGGAAGCUGCCUAUGCCUUGUGUGCAUUCUCAUUUUUGAUGAGAAAAUGAGACAAGCUGCCGGGAAUUUCCUGAGUUGCAUUACUAAGCCCUGCUGGGUGUACGACUCCAACAGAAACCGAAAUAACAUGAACCCCACCAUUGAGAUCAAGGAGCAACCUGAAGAAGCAGCUUCUCUACACUUAAGUCAAAAUCAUGUACACACACAGUCUUAGAAUACAAGAGGAACUGUCCUUCAGACAUAGCUCCAUAGGCUUUAAAAUACUUCAGGUCAUCUUGAAAAAGGGGCAAGAGGAGUUCGAUAUACAUGUAAGUCUUUCUUUUUCGUCUAUACCAAGGCACAGGAACAUUAUGUAGUAAUCAACUCAAACCAAUAUCAGUUGAAUGUGAUAUCAUUCCAGUAUCAAAUUCUGAUUGAAAAUUUUUUUAAAUGGUGGCAUAUUUUAAUGUUUCACUCCAAUUUUUAAAAAAUCCUCAAAUGUAUGUACUUUGCAGUGAAACAAGAUUUCACCCAUUUCCCCACUUGCAUGGGAAGGCAGAAAAUGGUGAAAUGCACAUAAUAUGUGAUUGUUGUUACCCAAUCUUUCGAAAGACCGAGGAGCAACACUCUGGGAGUGAUCAACUCCAACUCACAACUGUCACUAAUAUCAUUCUGGAAUACAUCACAGUAAAAUGCAUGUUAGCAUCCUUGGAACGGUUUUUCUUUACCCGGUGGGAAAUGUUAACCAAACGAGGGAGAUGUGGAUGAAGAAUGUUAUGUAGAUAAUCAGCAGAAUGACGAGUCCUAAACACUGACCGUUAAAAUAAUGAGGGUGUACCAAUGGCUUCUAAAAGAUCACAACACUAUGGCAAAGAUCAGUUUUUGGAAGGUACGAAAGAUGAGCUUUUAUAAGCUAAUUGUACACUUCAAAACCGAUGCAGUCACUAUGUUAACAUCUUGAACGAAUCAAGUUGCAGAAUGUAGAUCUAAUGUUACAAGGUUACAGAUUCCACAUUGUAUCAACUCCUAAAACCACAGGACUGAAUUCUUCCUUUCACAACCUUGGCCAAGGAGCCAUGGUUGAUGCAAGAUUAGUGCCUCUGGUGUGAAUGGAGUGAAGCCACACUCAAUUCUAGCCUUCAAAACGAGACCUGCAAAUGGCAAUUUUAUUGCUGGCACUGGAUUAAGAGCUAAGAGUAAUAAAUUGUUGAACAACAAGGCCGCAAAUAUUACUUUUCAUCUUGUAUUCAAGAAAAAAAGGGGGCAACCGUGACCUCAAACAUAUAAAAGGAUGAACUCUGAUGAGAGCUGCUAAUUAAAAUUCAACUCGCAUCCGCGUCUGCUUGUGGACAAAAAGGAGUUGCACUUCAGCUGACUCUUCCAGAUCUUCCCUCUGAAGAAAAAUCAUUAAACUUUGCUGCCUCAACUAUCAAAAGCUCGGGUUCACCAGCUCACUCCGUCUCCAAGAAGCACAGCCAUCCAAUAUGAGUGAACUUUGCUGUCAAGGCUCAUUAUCCACAGACACACUGCAAAAGGACUGAGCGGAGAGAUCUAAUUUCUGGUUCAAAACCACCUCUCUCUUACCCUUAUCAAUAGAUGUAGAAUUACAUUGAACAUAGAACAGUACAGCACAGGAAUAAUAUCUUGGGCCCACAAUGUUGUGCUGAACGAAUUAAAUUAGUAAUCAAAUGGCUAACCAAUUACUUCUGAAGACAACAUCCAGAUACUUCCAUAUUCAUCACAUUCAUGGGUUGAUCUAAACAUCUUUUAAAAUUGUUUAACAUUUCACCCUCUACCACCACUCCAGGCAGUGCAUCCCAGACACCUACCAAUCCCUAUGUAAAAGAUUUACCCCUCAUGUCUCCUUUGAAGUUACCCCCUCUCUCCUUAAAUGUAUGCGCUCUGGUGUUAGACAUGCCAACCCUUGGAAAAAGAUAUUGCCUUUCUACUCUACCAAUGCCUGUCCUAAUCUAUUAGAUCCCCCCUCCAGCCUCUGCUGCCCCAGAGCAAACAACCCAAGCUUGUCAACCACUCAUGUGCCAUCUAAUCCAGGCAAUAUCCUAAUAAACCUCUUCUAAAGCCUUGACAUCCUUGUUGGCAAUGUGCACACUAGUCAUGCAUGAGAAGGCAGUGGUGAGAUGGACUCAUAACCUGCUCCAGAAAAUACCGCUUCAGUGCUCUCACACAGGAAGUUACCGCAUUUCUUCCUGGCAACAAUAAAGACAAUUUAUUUGCAAGGUAGCAUAAUAUGUGAACAUUGUUACCCAAUCUUUCCAAAGACUGUGUGUUUUAUAAGUGCUGUUAAGGAAAUCUUGGCAAAUAACUGCGGUGUGUUUUGUAAGUGGAGCAAUGGAGCCACAGUGCCGCAACUUUAAGGUAGUAAUUAGAAUUGAACCAAGAAGGCUGCUUUGCUCCUAUUUGGUGUUGAGCUUCUCAACCAUCAUUUCAAAGCCUUUUAGUAGAAGCGAAUGUAGUAAACACAUUAGCUAAGCCUAAAAUGCUUAAGAAUAAAAAAUGCAGAAGAAGAUUAACAAAGAGUUGUAAAGGGGAUAGAUGUAAUACAGCAAUUGCUCGAUGAACACAAGUCAAGUUCUUUCAAUUUUUCCACUUGCUGUUUGGCAGUUACAAAAUAUAUUAUUAGCAAUUACUCAUUCUCUCUUCAGCCCAACAAAACUCAGGAAACCACAGUGUUGAGAACUGUCAGGAACAUGAACUCUAAAGCCAUCUGUUCCUCUUAUACCAACUGUAAGAAACUAUUCAAACUACUCAACUACUGGACAAUAAAAGAUCAUCAGCGAACGCAGAGCUACAAUAUUAUAUCAUUUGUACUUUUUGUUAAAGUCUUUGUUAAAUCAAGAGUGGAAAUAAAAUAGAGAUGUCCAGUUAUGAGGUAAAUAUGACCUAAAUGACAAAGGAAUUUCACUCCAUAUGCAAUUAUUUAGCUCACAAAUUGUUAUUGAAUUAUGUUAUACAGAAUGUUAUAAGGAAACUUUUGAUAUCCUGCCAUCUUUUCUGAAAGUGAUCUUUUAAAUGAUGAGAAGUAACUGUAUUGAAUGCAACAGCUUUGUUUAUGCAUAUUUUCAAGGUUAUUUUUACACUAUUUGCUGCCUGAAUGAAAAGUGUCUUAAUAAUUUUUGCUCUAGCAUAUUCACCUAUCUUAGUUUAUAUACGUGUUGUAAUACUGCCUAACUGUCUUAAUUGACAGAAAUAGGAUACUCCAGCAUUCCAGAGACAGCUAAAAGAAUAAUAAUUUCAAAAACAGCUUGCUAUUGAAAAAUGAUCAUAUAUAAUCUAGUAAUAAAAUCAUAAGUAAUAAAAUAAUUAUAUAUCAGCUAAGGCCACAGGUUGUCCAUUGGUUUGAAAGCCAUAUGUGGAUCUCAGGAGUGAGUUUAUAUUUAUACCACUAAGUAGUAAUAUAGUUGUUCUGAAGGCUAGCUAAGCCAUAAACUUUGCAAAUUCCAGAUCUAUGCUGGUAGCUAGGCAAUUAAUCUCACUACCUUAAUGUGUUUCUGAUGUGAUGGCUAAAGAGGGGAAAAUAAGCUCUGUUAAAGCAUAUUCAGAAAUUAGGGUGUAUAGCAAAAUACUAACUUCAUCCACCAAACUUCAGAUCUGAAUAUGGACUGUAGAUAAAAUUUAAAAUGCAGCUCUGGACAAUGGGUUCCUAAUAGCUGUAAACUGCAGUUAAUUGGAAAAUCAGACAAUGUUGAUUUAACGUUUGUUUUGGGAGUCUGUAUGUGGGUGCGAAGAAGGAAGAGUGAAAGUUAUAUUCAUUCAAAGGAAGCAUUAUAGAUACAUUGUAAAUACAGAAUUAUCCUUUUGAUCUUUAGCAUAUAAAAUGUCAUGCAAUAUUGGGUCAAGCAGGCCCCUCACUCCAAAAAGGUCUCAAUAUAAUGCCUGCUGUGUCUCAUUUGUUGAAUAAAAGACUAC